UUCCAACAUGGCGGCCGGAGCGCUGCAGCUGGCUGUGGCUCUCCUGUCUCUCUUCAGUGCGGUUUUAAGUUUCCCUCUCGGACCGGAAACAAAACACACAACAACAUGUGGAUACGAGUCAUGUCAUGCCACCAAACCCAACAUGCUGAAUGUCCACCUGGUCCCUCACACUCAUGAUGACGUGGGCUGGCUCAAGACCGUGGACCAGUACUUCUAUGGAGACCGUAACGACAUCCAGCAUGCGGGGGUGCAGUACAUCCUGGACUCGGUGGUGGAUCAGCUGUUGAAGAACCCGGACAGGAGGUUCAUCUACGUGGAGACGGCGUUCUUCUACCGCUGGUGGAAACGGCAGAGCUCCAGCACGCAGCAGACGGUCAAACAGCUGGUGAAUGAAGGGCGUCUGGAGUUCGUGAAUGGGGGCUGGUGCAUGAGUGACGAGGCCACUACUCACUACAGCGCCGUCAUCGACCAGAUGACCAUAGGCCUGAGGUUCCUCAACGAGACGUUCGGGGCUUGCGGUCGUCCCCGGGUGGCCUGGCACAUUGACCCGUUUGGCCACGCCCGUGAACACGCCUCCAUGUUUGCACAGAUGGGAUAUGACGGAUUCUUCUUCGGCCGUCUGGACUACCAGGACCGGAUGCACAGGAUGGUGCAGAAGGAGCAGGAGCUUCUGUGGAGAGCCUCGGACAGCCUCACCCCCCCCACGGCCGACCUCUUCACCGGGAUCCUUCCCAACGGUUACAACCCGCCCGAGGGCUUCUGCUGGGACCAGUCCUGUGAUGACCCACCAAUCAGAGACGACCCUGACCUGGAGGACUAUAAUGUUGAUGAUGUGGUGAUGCGCUUCCUUACAAUCGCCACCAGUCAGGCCACGGUGUAUAAGACGAAUCACAUCAUCAUGACCAUGGGCUCAGACUUCCAGUACGAGAACGCCAACCUGUGGUACAAGAACCUGGACAAGCUGAUCCACUACGUCAACGCCCAGCAGGCCAACGGCAGCAAAGUCAACGUGCUCUAUUCCACCCCGUCCUGUUACCUCCAGGAGCUGCACCGAGCGAACCUCACCUGGGCUUUGAAGACGGACGACUUUUUCCCUUACGCAGACAGCGCUCAUGAUUUCUGGACCGGCUACUUCACCAGCCGACCGGCACUGAAGCGUUACGAGAGGAUCAGCAACAGCAAUCUGCAGACGUGUAACCAGCUGGAGGUGCUCGGUGGCCCCGCCUCCAGGCAGGGACCCUUUGGGGAAGGCGAGAGCCAGACCAUGAAGAAGGCCAUGGCGGUGGCUCAGCAUCACGACGCCGUGUCGGGCACUGAGAAGCAACACGUGGCCAACGACUACGCCAGGAGGCUGGCUAACGGCUGGCAGCGCUGUCAGGUUUUGGUCAGUAACAGUCUGGCUGCUCUGAGCGGCUCGUCUGCCAAGCGGAUCUACUGUGACAACCUCAACAUCAGUGUGUGUCCCCUCACCGAGUCCAGCAAAAAGUUCUCAGUCAGCGUGUACAACCCUCUGGCUCGGCCCGUCACUUGGCCCGUCAGGCUGCCCGUCAAUGGAACAGCGUACGCGGUGUCUGAUGCUAACGGCAAAGCUGUGGACUGUCAGGUGGUUCCGGUGUCCAGAGCCACUCGGGAGGUGAGGAGGAACCGGGGCUUCGCCGUCAACGAGCUGGUGUUCCAGGUUCAGGCUCCUCCUCUGGGCUACAGCACCUACUCCGUGUCCCUGCGUCUGGCGGGACCUCCGCCGGCCUCCGCGCAGCCUGGCGCCCCCACAGUGAUUCAGAACAAGUUCCUGCGGGUGACCUUUGACCCAGAUACCGGCCUGUUGAGCAGCCUCAGUAACCUGGAGACCAAACAGAGCAUCAAGCUGACGCAGAACUUCUACUGGUACAACGCCAGUGACGGCAACAACUUGGAGAGUAACCAGCCCUCAGGAGCGUACAUCUUCAGGCCCAACUCGUCCACGCCGUUCGUCAUCAGCCGGACGGCCAAGACCGAGACGAUCCAGACCUCAGUGGUGCAGGAGGUGAGGCAGCGGUUUGCUCCCUGGGUGUCUCAGGUGGUUCGUCUCCACGGCGACAGCAGAGCUCUGGAGCUGGAGUGGACGGUCGGACCGCUGCCCAUCGACGACGGCCUGGGGAAGGAGGUGAUCACCCGUCUAGACACCAGCAUUAAAACCUCAGAGAUCUUCUACACCGACUCCAACGGCAGAGAGGUGCUGCAGAGAAAGAAAGACUUCCGUCCAACAUGGAAUCUAAUGCAAUCAGAGCCCAUCGCUGGAAACUACUACCCCAUCAACUCCCGCGCAUUCAUCAAGGAUGAUGUGGACCAACUCACCGUGGUGACCGAUCGCUCUCAGGGAGGAGGCAGCAUCCACAACGGCUCUCUGGAGAUCAUGCUCCACCGCCGCCUGCUGUACGAUGAUGUCCGCGGCGUUGCCGAGCCGCUCAACGAGACCUCCCAAAUCUUCCCAGAGGGGCUGGUGGUCCGCGGCCGCCUCCUGCUCUCCCUCGACCCCCCGUCCGUCGCCGCGGACACACACCGGCCCCUGGCGCAGGAAGUGGUGCUGCAGCCGCUGCUGACGUUCGCCAACGGAGAUCUGAGCCCAAACACCCGACUGGAGUUCUCAGGUCUUCAGGCUGCGCUGCCCCCUGCUGUCCACCUCCUCACACUGACGCAGUGGGACAAAGACUCGGUGCUGCUCAGGCUGGAGCAUCAGUUCCAGAGCUGGGAGAGCAAAGUGAACUCACAACCCGUCACCGUCAACCUGCAGAAGCUGUUUUCCACUCUGGACGUGCUGGGCGUGUCUGAGCUGAACCUGUCAGCCAAUCAGUGGAAAGAGGAGAUGAUGCGUUUCAGCUGGACGCCACAGAAAGAGGAGAAGCCCCUGCUGAAGAUGUUCCAGGACCCCUCCACGUGGGAGGUGACCUUGAGGCCGAUGGAGAUCCGAACCUUCCUGCUCAGGGUCAGCCUCAGAUAGCCAAUCACACGCUUCAGAUUUUUUUUUUUUUGCGAGAAGCCACAAAAUGAAUAAGUGAUGCAGUUACAAUCAAAUGAAGUUCCUGUGACCUCCUGGCUUGGGUUUGAUUCCACCAAGCGAGGACUGUCGUGCACCGGAUUAAAAAAAAAGAAUGAGCGGUCGUGUUCGCAGGUUGAUUCUGAACGCAGACACGCGUGCGUUCAAAUGCCAGCAAUGUUAAAUCAGAUCAACGCUGUGGCCUUGUGUAUCCGGAAACAUGUGAAAAUCCGGUUUGUUACGAUUUUAAACGACGAAAUGAACCAGACGUUCAGAUGUUUUUUGGAAACCUAAGCUGCGGUCAGAGCCACUGAAUGUCUGAACAUGUUUCUCAUUGGAGGCAUUUGUACAGUAUUAGCUGAAGCUGCCUUUUUGUAUUUAGUACAGACAUCAAAAAAUAAAAAAUCAACAAGAGACAAUACAAGUAAAAUCUCUCUGAACCCGGAACAUUUUCUCUCUACAAACUGGUGCCAACAUGUUUCUAUCUGUCUGCCUGAUGUGUGCAAUAAGUGUUGACUUUUCUACUUCUGCCAAUGUGUGUGUGUAUAUACUUUGAUUUUUAUACUGAUCAUCAAGCAGCUCAAUAAAAUCUAUCACUUACUGUA